CGCAGUAAAAUUAUUAAGUAAAUUAAAAAUUUCUACUUAGAUAAUUAAAUUGUGUUAAUAUUAUUCUAUUUAACAUAUACACAAUGAAUACAUAAAAAUGUCUGCAACUAAAUGCGAAGUAUUACCGCAAGUGGAAUCUAUAAACUUACCAAAGCCGGCAAUGGCGUCGUCAUCGGACCACAUAACUGAAGAGGAGGUGAAUCAAGUGUUUGAGAAAAAAUUUGGUUAUAUUAAACCUAAAACUAAUUCAAAAUGGGUACUACCUCCAGCAGCACAACUCUUUCAGGAAUUUUAUCAGAUAGAAACGCUGCAGCAGCUUAAGAGGACACUUAAUAGCGUGAAAGGUAAAUUAAAUGAUUAUGCGAUUGAAGAAUGGAGCACACAUACAAGGCGAAUGGACCCAUCCGGUGAUAUAACUUGGCGUCUCAAGAAUGAAAUCAAUGCUGAAUUUGUAACAAUAGCUUGGUGUAAGUUAUACGAGUGCUUGCACAAAUUUCCACUUGUAAAGAAGCCAAAGCUUAAUACAUUGCAUUUGUGUGAAGCACCAGGAGCUUUUAUAUCAGCACUAAAUCAUUAUUUAUAUUCCACACACAAUAAAGAGCAAGUGGAGUGGAAAUGGCUAUCAACUACACUCAACCCGUAUUAUGAAGGUAAUCCCUUUGGUAAAAUGAUUAGUGACCAUCGCUUUAUGUUAAGAACUCUUGAUCAUUGGCUCUUCCAUGAAGAUUUUACAGGCAAUAUAAUGUGCAACCAAAACAUUAAACAUAUGCACGAGAGAUGCCUGGAAUAUUUUGACGGUGACGCUGAUCUCAUCACAGCAGACGGUAGCAUUGAUUGUGUAGAGAAUCCCGAUUGCCAAGAGUCCAACACAUCAAUCCUGCACUUUGCUGAAAUAUUUGCAGCUCUAACGAUAUUAGGAAACGGCGGCUCAUUUGUGCUUAAAUUAUUUACGCUCUUUGAAGCGAUUACUGUCAGCAAAUUAUUUUUGUUAAAUUGCGUUUUCGAAGAAGUGCAUGUGUUCAAACCAGCUACCUCAAAGCGGGGGAAUUCUGAAAACUAUAUAAUAUGUUUGGGUUAUAAAAAGGACACGAAACAUUUAGCAGACACUCUGAAAAUAAUGAAAAAAAACUUAGACGAGCAGAACAAUUUGCUGCCUAUAUUUGGCUUUAAACAACUACCAAAAGAUUUUCUAAUGCAGCAUGAAGUCUGCACACGAAUAUUCAUGAACCAUCAAAUUCAGGCCAUUGAGUCAAACAUUUACGUGUAUGAAUCAAAAUCGAAAUAUAUGGUACGACGGAGCAAUGCAAUGCGCCGCUUAGUGAGUAAAGAGUUCUUCAAGCGCUACCAAUUAAAGUCCAUUCCAGCGCAAUUGAAAAUUUUGCAUCAAUGUGAGAACAGCUUGGAAAUCAGCUAUAAAACAGGCGUUUAUAAAGGUUCGUACUCAGAACGCGAACAGCUUAAAACUAAGCCAAAGGAACAACAGAUUUAUAUACUAUGCAGCUCCGUAAACGAACUUGAAAAGUUAUUUAUAUUCAAAAACGGUGUUUUGUAUGAAGAACUGAGACGUUCUACAGAGAAAUCUGACUGUGGACUAAAAAUUUAUAUCGGAAAACCUGUUGCAAAACUGGAAAGCAGUUUAUUUGUUUCACUGCCUGUCUUGCUGCUUUACCACAAACUUCAGGAUUUACUUACUUAUCCCAUUGUCUGUCAAAAUUCGCCCAAAUGUAUUAUCAAUAAUGAUGUGGAAAUACCGUUCUGUAGUACUGGAUUUAUAAGCUUUGCAGAUAUGCAGUUGAGUUUCUUUAUUGCUGUUGUAAACGCAAUCUACAAACUACGUCCAACGGCAGUUGCUUUCGAAAACAUGGCUUUUUUAACGCAUUUCAGUGUUUCGUUAUUACGGUUCUUAAGCCGAAAUGUAUUCACAGAGCUAAAAAUUACAACCGAUCCAACGCAUGCCAUAUACAUUAAAUGUGAACACGAACAUGGAUUUACCGAUGCCGCUGUAGAUGCCAUUACCUCAUUACAUGGCUCACUUGCGAAUAAACAACAAAUUUUGUGUUUCACAGAUAUAAGCGAACUCCAUAGGAAUAAAUUUGGCAAUAGGAUAAUGGAAUAUAACAAUCAAAUUUUAAUUAAAAAAUUUAAAAGUAUUUUGUUUGGAUAAAUUAUUAACU